GGCGUGCAACGUUGCGCAUAGUUGGUGAAUGAGGAAUGUAAUUAGUAUUAUGUAUGAAGACAAUAUAACAUUAUCUUGUAACUGCAAAUAGCUGUCAAUAACCAGCAAUCGUAUAAUGACACCAGUUGAACAUCCACAUGCGUUUGCUUUUAGCUAGUAGUAGUGGGAGUAGUUUCUCUGUUGCACAGGAAGCGUACUUUUCAUAACAGUCAGUUUCCCAUUACUACAGUAGUAAACAGGUGUUAGCUGCCCGAAUAACAGGCACAGUAACUUUUUAGAAACUUUUUAGUUUUGACCUAUGACACUAAACAAUGUAUUACUGAGAUUAAAUACGCACACUUGGUAUUUAGGAUUGGCGAAUUCAAGAUCAUUCAAUUAAUUUCUAGAUACUGAGUCAAGAGUCCAACUAGCCAGAAGACUGAAUCGCCUCCGUGUGGUAACAGUAAUGGAAAACUCGGGAAAUAGCCGUAAAAUUCUCAACUUUAACGUAGGGGUGCUGGGACAUGUCGACAGCGGGAAAACGUCACUCGCCAAAGCCCUUAGCAGCACAGCGUCAACGGCAGCUUUCGACAAAAACCCACAGUCCAAAGAACGAGGCAUCACGCUUGAUCUGGGAUUCUCUUCGUUUACGGUAGACCUUCCCGAACACCUGCAAGAGGAGUGCGGGGCUCGCGGGUACAACAGCCUGCAGUUCACGUUGGUCGACUGUCCUGGACACGCAUCGCUCAUUCGCACCAUCAUUGGAGGCGCGCAGAUCAUCGACCUGAUGAUGCUGGUGGUGGACGUGGUGAAGGGCGUGCAGACGCAGACGGCCGAGUGCCUGCUCAUCGGGGAGCUCACCUGCCCGCGCAUGGUGGUCGUCCUCAACAAGACCGACCUGCUGCCCGCGGCCAAGAGGCAGGCCGCCGUCGACAAGAUGACCAAGAGGAUGCACAAGACCCUGGAGACCACCAGAUUUAAAGGGUGCCCUGUCAUUGCUGUGGCUGCAAAGCCAGGGGGUCCUGAGGCCCCAGAGACUGAGGUGCCUCAGGGAGUGCCUGAACUGAUAGAGCUGCUGAAAGCCCAGACGUACCUCCCUCACAGAGACCCCUCAGGGCCCUUUCUAAUGGCUGUGGAUCACUGCUUCUCCAUCCGGGGUCAGGGCACCGUCAUGACAGGCACCAUACUGCAGGGGGCGCUGUCCCUCAAUGACACGGUGGAGAUCCCUGCUCUAAAGGUGACCCGGAAGGUGAAGUCGGUGCAGAUGUUCCGACAGCCCGUGGGCUCGGCCAUGCAGGGGGACCGGGUGGGCGUGUGCGUGACCCAGUUCGACCCCAAACUGCUGGAGCGGGGCGUGGUGUGCACCCCGGGGUCCCUGCGCACCCUGCACGCCGGCCUCGUCUCCGUCCGCAAGAUCGGCUACUUCCGGGGCGCGCUGGCCACGCGGAGCAAGUUCCACAUCACCGUGGGGCACGAGACGGUCAUGGCCCGGGUCUCCUUCUUUGGGCUGCCCCCCUCCAGCUCCUCAAGCGCGACAGCCAAUGACAAGACGCCCUCAGAUCAGAGCCCGGAACAGCCACCUGCUAACCCCGCCUCUACAGAAACAAGCCCCGCCCAACCUUUGUCUGACUUGACUCCCCCAGACAAAACGUUCUCUUUUGACAGGGAGUACAUAUAUCAGGAGGAGUAUGUGAUUGGCCAGCCAGGGAUGGGGGAGGGGGCUGACCCAGAGCAGUGGGCCUUGCUGGAGUUUGAAAGGCCUGUGACCUGUCCCAGUUUUUGCCUGGUGAUUGGUUCGAAGCUGGACACGGACAUCCACGCCAACACCUGCAGGCUGGCCUUCCAGGGGCGGCUGCUGGAGGGGUUCGAGGAUAAGGGGUAUGCGGAGAGCGCCCUCCCCAGGCUCAGGGUGUUCAAGACCAAGCAGAGGGAGGGCCAGGUGGAGAGGGUGAUGGAUGACUAUACUGUGAUUGGCCGUAAUCUCUUCAAGAAGGAGACCAACUUGCAGCUGUUUGUCGGGUUAAAGGUCAAGCUCUCGACCGGUGAAGAGGGAGUCAUUGAGGGGGGUUUUGGACAGAGUGGGAAGUUCAAGAUCAGAGUACCAGAGGGGCUCAGUGCCGAGACCAAGCAGCUCCUCUCCUCAACCUCCAAGAAGAAAACGAAAGGUGGGAACAAGACCGAACCAGUGAAAGAGGAGGCCAAGACAGACUCCCAGCCAAUCGGCAUCAGCCUCAGCUUCAAGAGAUACAUCUUUGACCCCCAUAAAAAGAUGGUGCAGUCCUGACUCUCAAGAGUUUUCAGAGCCAGUGACCAGAAGUACUUGAAACAAUGCAACGGGAAAGGGGGAUGCUUCUGGAGAAUCACUACGAGGGCUGGCACCACAGAUCGACGUGGUAGCUCUGCCUGAGAAAAUUAAUAACCUUACACGCCACAGUGCGAAUUGAGUCUUAAUUACUGCAGAUUGGAAAAAAUGCAGGUGGGGAUAAAUUAAGAGGCACGAGACCUUUCUCAGUCUUCCAGUCAAAUCCCAGACGCUAGAGCUCUGACAAUAUCCUGGAUCAUUGGGAUGAGUGGGCUGGGAGUUUCCAAGCUGCUUCUCUAACUUUCCCCCCUUACUCAUCAGCAGAGAGUCUGCCAAGGCCAGGGUCCAUGUCACUACUGCCUUAACCAGCUCUUUCAGUGUCUACCAGAUUUUCCUUUUUUCAAAAAUCCAGUUAGAUUUGGAGCACUGGCACUCGGUUUUAAUUAUGACACAUGUCCAUAUGGUAUAUGAAUUUCCACAUUCCUUUUAUCAUAGCCUCACUGACACGGUCACCCCCAUUUACUCAAGGUCAACCUUGCACUGUAUUUUCUUCAUUAAGCUCAAAUUUUAUCUAUUGGCUGCUUUGAAUGCAUUUAUAACUUUACAUUUCUGCAGUUUUCUUUCUUGGCCUUUUUUCCGGAAGCAUUUUCAGUGGGUUUUUCCAGAAGUGAAUACUCACGAGCUAAGCUGCAAAAACAUCAGGAAAGGUCUCCCUGUGAUUGACAAAUGAUAACGUGUGGUGUGAUACAGUUUUGAUUGACACUUAAAGAUGUGAACAGUGAUGUAAUCAUAACUGACAUGUAGCAAUGAGCGAGUAAUAAUAUUGUGAAUGACACUUGGCAUCUUGGGUGAUGUAACAGUGAAUGACAUCUAAGGAGGCUCAGACUUGCAGUUCAACCAUCGAUGUGAUUGGCUGGGUGGGAGCGGAAAAGAGAAAGCGUACUCGGGCAUUGUUUUUCCCUGGCAGAUGUAAUCGCUCACCCAGUACAUUUGUAUCCCUCCACUGCGCUGCAGUAGAGCCCUCCAUUAUCUUUGCCUUCAGCUACAUUGAUGUUCAACUUCUUGCUUUUUUUUUUUUUGCUUUUAAGGAUGUUGUCAUGGUAAUGGCAAUAAGCGCAAUAAACUCCUCUUAAAUCCAAAA